AUGGAUCCGGUCCCUGCAAAUUUGAAUAUCCCGAAGUGGUACUAUGAAGGUGAUGAUCAUCAAGUUUACGGUCCUUAUUCUUCCGUGGAAAUGUUGAAUUGGAGGAAGUCGGGGUAUUUUUCUGAUUCUAUGUUAAUGCGUACUGAAUCUGAGGAUCGGUUUCAUACCUUAGCUGAAUGGACGCACUGUGCGAAUGGACAGAGUCCGUUUCUAUGUCUUGUGAACUCUUUCGAACAACUCAUAAAUUUCAAUAUGGGUAUGCAUCUAUCCCACAUGAUACUAACACCGGCGAGGGCACCUUCAAGUACUGGUUCCUUUGUCGUUGUUCCGCCACCUAACGGCUGUCCUCCAGCAGUCUCAAUAAACGGUUUUUCACCGGCGCGUGGAUUUGUUGCAUAUCCUCCAAAUCUGAUGAUUCCACACCCCCCUGGUUCCUCUUUACCUGUUUCUCAGCCGUUGUCUCAACCCCCGAGUGAGCCAGUUGAUGACCUUCCUUCAACAACCAGUAAUACACCAGAUGAUUGCGAAGGUGGUUGGAACUCUGGCAGUUAUAUUCCAGGCGCUAAUCCGCUUUGCCUGUGCUGGAAGAAUUUAGGGACUGAAGAUGCACCUUGGAGCAUAAAGAAGGAUGCAGAAACUACUCCUGCAAACGAGGACAAAGUUACUGUUUCUACGCAGACAGAACCGCUGAAGGUUUCUAGUGACACCGCGGCUCGGUUACUUUCUGAAAUAUUUGGUACCUUAGUUCAAAUUGCGGAGCCCGAAUGA